GGCCCUGCUAUGACAGCAGAUGCCUUCUUGGCUGUGGUUUCCGCAUGCGCCAAGGGCUGUGGAGAUGCCAAGCAGGUUGCAGAAGUGCUUUCUGUCCUUGAGUCUGGGUCACUAUGGCCGGAGCUACGAGAGAUCGGAUGGGAGAAAUUGCGGCUUGCAGAGGCUCAGCUGAGAUCCUUUGCACUGGACGAGCUGGCCAAAGCGCGGCGCGGACAUCCUGUCCCGGCCCUCACGGAAGUGCCAGAGGAUCUGCUUCGACCACCUUGGAUCGAAGUGCCCACGCGCGCAGAUGCCGCUUUCAGGAAACAGCAUGAUGAGUUGGAGGUUCUUUGCACCGCGGACUGUCAUCCAGAAAUGGAUGAAGCUGGACUUUGCUGGCAUUGCUGGCACAAAGAUGAAUGCAAUGGUCGGCCAACCGAAAUAAAGGAGUUGUUGGAGUUGUCCCUUCGCUUGAGCAAGUCAGCCUCCAUGAGCCAUCGAGCUCGAAUCGCUGAAGAAUGCUGGCCCUACAUCCAGCGCUUGACCGAAGAGGUGGAGGCUUUGGCUCCUCGAAAGCUGCUGGUGCUUGGCGGCCUAGGAGUGUCAGCCGUGCGGGCUGCAAAGGCUGGUGGAGAUGUGGUGUUGUUACUUCCAGAUGCCAACGAAACCAUGCAGGAGGUCCUGCAACAAGUCAUGCGCGACAAUGGCGUCUCUGAGCAGGUCCGGGUUGUGAGCGCAGUGACUUCCCUCGACCUGGAAAGCUUUGAUGCCUGUGCCUUGGAAGGUUUGGAGCCCGAUGGAAUCUUUGGCAGCGGCGUUGUGGAGAUCUGGCAGAAGCUACAGCCGAGGAUGAGAGCCAAGGUCUUUCCGCAGAGUCUGCAGAUCUCCGUGGCCUUGGCAAAGGCUCGCCUGACAGAGGCGGCCGGUGUCAAGGUGGAGCUGGAUCUCUUUGCAGACUCGCACGGCGGGCUUGCACCAAUACCUCAGGCGGUUCCACCUCUUGAUACAGGUACUCCCAUCGUGCCCCAAACGGUCAGCACCAAGAGCAGAUGUUUGGACCUCCGUUUGGACGAACCCUUUGAAGCAACAUCAGGAGAGCUGCAACUUUCCAUCCUCGAGUCCAAGCCCGUCGACUCGCUGCUGCUCUGCUGGGAGGUGGCUUUUGAAAGCGGCGAAGGUUGGAGCGGCGAGAGCCUACAAGCAUUGCCUGCAAGGUUAGAGAUCCUUCCAGCUGGCCACUGUGUGGACCUGCGAUGGCACUGCAAUUUGCAACGCGUGUGGUUCGAGGUGCCACAGCUUAACCUCUUUGCCACUGCACCUUUGCCUCGAGUCUUCUUGCUCGAUUGGUAUGCCCAGAUGUUGAACGAUACUGCCCGAAACGUGGCCUUCGAGCACGGUCUCCAACGUUCGCUGAGAGAAGGAGGCCGCGUGGUUGACCUGGGCUGCGGCUGUGGAUUGCUGACCCGCCUGGCGCUGCGGCAAGGCGCCAGUGAGGCCUUGGCGGUGGAAAUUGCGCCGCACCUGGCGCGGCUGGCACGGAGGAUGCUGCCGGAGGCCAAAGUGAUCUGUGGUGAUCUGCGGGCAGUCAUGGUGGAUGAGGCGGAAAGGUUUGAUGUGGUCGUGGCAGAGCUUUUGGAUGCUGGUGGAUUGGGGGAGAAAAUUGUCCCGUUCCUACGGCAUGCCAAGAGCAGGCUGCUGCGUCCUGAUGGCUGCUGCAUCCCAAGAAGACUGCGAAUCCGCUCGGUCUUGCUGGAUGUGCACUUGAGCAAGGGCCACCGAGUCGACUUAGCAGCUUGGGAGCCCUUCUGGCUCCCUGCUCGCGCCUCUCGUGGCGAGUGGCUAGGCAUUGAUCUGGAUGCUGGUGCUGAAUGGCAACCAGCUUCCAACAUCAUCGAUCUCUUUGACUUGAAUUUCGAGGGCUCCCACUCGGAUUUGAUCGAGGCAUUGCAGGAGCGUGAGCAUCUCUUUGAGCUGUUGGCGGAUGCAGACUACAAUGCUGUUGCAUGGUGGUUUGAAGCCGACUUGGGCAUUGGUGAGCCAGGAUCAUGCGAUUUGACCAGUGCGCCGCGCCGUUUUCGGCCAGCCAAGUGUGAUGCAACUCACUGGGUGCAAGCUGUUGCAGGCCUGGGACGCUCCAGAUCCGGCCGCAGCCUCACGAUGCGCGUGCGGACGGACGGGGUGCAGAUCACCUGGUUGCCGGAGGAGGAGGAGAGCGUUUGCAGCCCCUUGCUGGAUGCCUGGCGUCAGCAAGCCGCUGAGGCAGACCAGAAACUCCGAGAUCUGGAGAGACAUCUGGAUGCGGGCGGGGACGUGGCACGCUUGGCCGCCGUGAAGAGCGCCGCGCUGUGUCUCUCGGCGCAACCGCGGCGCUUCGGAUUAGAGGCGACGCCGGAAGUCGUGAGCCGUUUAUUGAAAGCUCUCUUUGUGUGAAAAAA